GAGAUGUUGAAUCUGAAUCUGAAUCCUCAUUUUGAGCCUACUCCCCUCCUCCUCCUCCUCCUCAACUCCACUUAACAGACCAGCCUAAAACCUCUAGUCUACUACUCUUGUCUCUCUCUCUCUCUCAGGACAUUUGGUUUCUUGAUUGAUUCGAUUCCUCUCAACAAAGUUAACUAAAAUAGAGAAACAAAGAACAGAGUAGGAGCUUUUUUCGAUCCAAAUUCACGAUGACCAUGAGGCGCCAUGGCUGGCAACGUCCUCUCCAUCCUUUACAGGCCCUUUCAGUAGUAUUUCUAUUUGUACGGUGUGCUGCCAUCGACCCAACUGAUAAAACCAGCCUCAAAAUGAAAAAGAGCAGAGCCAACCCUAAUGGAUUCGCCAAGCUCAAUUAUGGGUUUAUAUUGGGUCAGAUUGUUGCGAGGUUUUUCAGAAGGAUUGAACGAAAGAUCCUCAGGAAUUGUAUAAGGAGGAAGUACCUGGAUCCUUGGAAAACCACUGCUCAAAUGGAGCCCCUGCUCCCAUUCCCCCUAGUUGUGAAGGAUGAUGCAGUUGCACCUGAUAUUAAAGAGGACGACAUCUCCUUUUGCUCCCUCUGUGAUUUCGAGGUAAAAAAACACAGCAAGCACUGUCGCACCUGCAACCGGUGCGUUGAAGGGUUUGAUCACCACUGCAGGUGGUUAAACAACUGCGUCGGCAAAAAGAAUUACACCACGUUCAUGCUGCUAAUGAUAUUUGUCUUGUUAAUGCUUAUGAUAGAAGGUGGAACUGCCAUCGCCAUAUUUAUUAGGUGCUUUGCAGAUAGAAAAGGUAUAGAGAAGGAACUGGAGAGAAAGCUUUAUGUGAAUUUCCCAAGAGGAGUACUUGCAACAAUAUCUGUAUUGUUGGUUUUGAUGAUGGCAUAUAGUUCGGCAGCGCUGGGACAACUUUUCUUCUUUCAUGUGGUUCUCAUCCGGAAGGGAAUGAAAACGUAUGAUUACAUCCUGGCAAUGAAGGCGGAGAACCAGGCAAUGGAAGUAGACCCAUUUGAAGAUUCAGAUUUANAUGUUGGUUUGUGGCGGCAGGGAAUGAAAACGUAUGAUUACAUCCUGGCAAUGAAGGAGGAGAACCAGGCAAUGGAAGUAGACCCAUUUGAAGAUUCAGAUUUCUCUUCAGAUGAUGAGAGUGUCAAUUUUGAUUCACCUGAAAAGCCAACAUUUGUAUCUAGACUUAUACGCAGCGAACGAAGAAUAUAUCAGGUAUCAUUACGUAAUAUCUCAUCUUGCCUUAAGCUUUUGGAUGUUUUCUUGAGCAUUUCUAACUGGCCAACUGCCUACAAGUUUCAGAACUCACAAAGAAGUCUAUCUAUAAGAAUUGAUGGUGAACCUGAACCGUCCACUUUGACCCAAAAGCAUGGCUUCCGAGCAAGCCUUAACCCAUGGAGACUAAUACACAUGAGCAGGGAGAAAGCUCUACUCGCAGCCCAGAGUGCAAGGGAAAGGCUGGUGAGACAGAGGGGAGUGGUGGAAGACGAUCCAUUGAAGCCACUACCACUGGAGACCAGAAGCGGACCAUUGAUGAAGCCGGAUGCAAAUAGGGCCAGCGUGGGGUUGACCCCUCUCAUUUCAAAAGGAAUGCUUCCGGGAACAUCAGCACUGUUUUCAAGUCCAAGAAGACGAUUUUCCAGUUCNCAGAAGUGGACCAUUGAUGAAGCCGGAUGCAAAUAG